UUAUUUUGUAGUGGCAUGUUAGUAAUUAUUUUCAAUAAAGAAGCUCAAAACCAUAUAAGCUGACGGACGCAUUCCCGAGUUUUUUUUUUUUAACGGACGCAUUCCCGAGUAGAUAACACAAAGAUGCGCUUAUCCCUCUGGACUCGCGUGCCUCUCCUCGGCUACAAAUACUAAACUCCGAACAGAAUCACCAAACAAACUCUCCCAAUUCCCGAUUUCAAACCUAGAAACCCUAUCUCCAUCACUCAUCCAUGGCUUCCUUCACGAUCCCCUGCUUCGCUCUCCUCCUCAUCCUCCUAAUUUCCGCCUCUCCCCUCCUCACGGCGGCGAGCCACCGGUUCGAUUCCGGCCUUGAUCGCGGGAAAAAAGUCGGGGGUUGGACGGAGAUCCCCAACGCCGAAUCGAAUAAAGAGAUUCGCGACCUCGGCCGCUACUCUGUAAAUAAAUACAACCACGACCUCCGGGGCGUCGCGGAAAGCCCUCUCGCCUUUUCCGGCGUGGCGAGCGCCGGCCGACAGGUGGUUUCCGGCAUUAAGUACUGGAUUCGCGUCGCCACCGUCGAUACCCUCACCGGCGAUCCGCGUUUCUUCGACGCCGUCGUUGUCGUUCGCCCCUGGCUCCGCAACAGCGUCCGUGAUCUGGUAUCUUUCAGUCCUUCGGCUGCUUAGGGUUUUCAUUUCUGUUUUCGAUGUGUGUUGAUGAGAGAUGAAGGGUUUUGACAUGUGAGUCCUUGGAGGCCGGAGCGGUUAGCUUUUCUGUAACCCUAAAUAAUAGAGGAGAAAGUUUUGAUCUGUGGAAGGUGGUGGAGCUUGUUUGAACUACGCUUUUCACGCGGAUUAUUUGCAGUGGCGAUUGAAAGUU